CUGCUGCUGACGCUGGUGCUGGUGGCUGUCGUGGCCUUUCUGUGCGUCUACCUGGACGUGCCGUGGUACGCGCGGAUGACGUGGCAGUGGACGCAGAUGAAGCGGAGAGCUUGGCACGGCCGUCCCGAAGAGCAGGAGACCGUUCUGCAGUUUCAUGCAUUUGUUUCAUACAGCGAGCGCGAUGCAUUGUGGGUGAAGAACGAGCUGAUCCCAAACCUGGAGAAGGGGGAGGGCCGUGUACAACUGUGCCAGCACGAGAGAAACUUUAUCCCCGGCAAGAGCAUUGUGGAGAACAUCAUUAACUGCAUUGAGAAGAGCUACAAGUCGAUCUUCGUGUUGUCUCCCAACUUUGUGCAGAGUGAGUGGUGUCACUAUGAGCUGUACUUUGCCCAUCACAAAUUAUUCAGUGAGAAUUCCAACAGCUUAAUCCUCAUUUUACUGGAGCCGAUC